UGCAAAUAGCGGCAUGACACCCAUGGCAGCGUCGGCGCAUCGCCGUCGCCGAGCGCGCCGGUGGACAUCCAGAUAUCAUCCAGGCGCAACAGAAUCGGCUCCGGUGCCAGCGGGAGCACGGGCCAGCCGCGCAAGGGCGGCCCCUCGCGAUGUGAAGCUUCCAGUUGCGGCGGCGGUCCGCGUGCGGCGACACCGGCCCGGUGUACAUGUCCGAGCUCAUCGGCGACGGACCCGGUGGAACGGCGCCUGCGACGAUGUACUCUACCUUCUCCUUCACUGUGCCCGAGCAACGGACCGCCUCCCUCAUGUCCGCUGCGCCCAGCGGCAGCCUGCCUCCCUCGCCUCCGCGACAUGCCGGCGGCCGCCCGGCCGUCCUCUUUUCCGGGGCGGCGCGGCGUGGGUCUUCGCGGGUCCACGCGAGACGCCGAGUCAACGGCGCUCGCGAUUGGAGCGCUGCCUGCGUCCCCUGGUGAAAACGAGCUAGAAGUACUACGAGCCGGUGGAAUGCGACGAGGAGCGGGGCCAAGUCAGCAACGGCGACGAGCAAACGUCACCGCCUUCCACGCGCGGGCGCCGCAACGCCGACCUGUAGGCCCGUGGCCCGUCAGUCUCAGGCCGCCGCGGCAUCCCUGGAGGAGCGAGGGCCGUCGGCGGCGCGAGAGGGGAGCGGGAGCCAGCGGAUGCACGCGGGAACUCGUCGGGGGAUCACACGGGGCCAUGGCUGCGAAUCUAGCGGAGGUCAUCGGCGGCAGUGUCACCUUGUCGCCGACGGCCAUGUCGCCGGCCAAAAUGUUUGCAGGGAGCUCCAAGCUAGAGACAUUCUCGACGCCUUUUGAGAUGAAACAAUGAAUAGUGCUCUUCGCGAAAUGAUUGAGAUGGCAUAACCAUGCACUCUGCCGCCCAUCUCUCUUUCAAAAACCAUGGCCUUAGUCGUCCUGUAUAUGAGUAUACAAUAUAAAUGAAGGCUGGAUGAGUUGGAUGUGCCAUGCUACUGGAAUGUUGGCAGCUUUAACAAAUGAGAGUGCAACAAGCAAAUCUGUAUAUUUUGCUCGUUGCACAUCAGAGAUGAUAUUCAUUACUCACGUGCUAACAGAACAACCUGAGAAACUUGCUGGUCCUCUGCUGGCUGACACUUAUGUAAUUUUCCUAAGAGGUCACAGAUUAUGGUAUGAACAAAUGCUUGCCAAGGGAGAGUUGAGUCCUGACAUGGGUGAUAGUAUCAAGGGAAAGGGAAUGAUUCAGGGUGUCUCUGCCGUUGGUGCAUUUUUCGAGCUGCUUAGUCAACCCAGCUUAAGUGUGCAACACCCAGGAGAAAACAAGCAGGUUGCUCCGGCCGGACUAUACCCAAUCUUGAAGAGGCUUUACAGAAUAUUGAUAAAAAGGGAGCUCCCAGGAAGAGAUAUUCUCUAAGCCUUGAGGGAUGAAACGAUGAAUGAUCCUCGCGAAAGGAUUAAGAUGGCACAAAGCCAUGCAUUCUACCGCAGUACCGCCCAUCUCUCCUUGGAAAACCACCAUGAUCUUGUUAGUCUUUGUAUACUAGUAGAACAUAAAUGAAGGUGGGAUGAGAUCAAAUCCGCCAAGCUACCGAUCAUUCUUGAUCGAGCUUGGAGCAUGCCUGUGUUUGAGCUAUAGGGGCUCUGUCAAUUGUGGAAUUCUUUGUGCUCCUUCAUUGCCAUGUUGUACAAGAGAUUACUGAAUCAAUAAACUUUAUGAUGGCCUGUUAUAUGAACA